GACAUAAAGGAAUUGUUGCGUUACAUAUGUGCGAGAAUGAAGCUUUUGUACACGACAUUUGACGUAAUGGUAUCUGUUUCAGAAAUAAAAAAUCAAAUACUGGGUUACAGGGUCAAUAAUAUAUACGAUGUGGACAAUAAAACAUAUCUUUUAAAACUUGCUAGCACGAAGUCUGACGACAAAACGAUAUUGCUUUUAGAAUCUGGCUCACGCUUACAUAUUACUGAUUUUGACUGGCCUAAAAAUAUCAUGCCGUCAGGAUUUUCCAUGAAGCUGCGUAAACACAUACGAAACAAGAAGAUCGUUGAUAUCUCCCAAGUCGGAGCCGAUCGCGUUGUUGAUAUCCAGAUUGGUUAUGAGUCGUCUGCUUAUCAUUUAAUUGUGGAGUUGUACGAUCGGGGGAAUAUGCUUCUUACUGAUGACUCAUUUACGAUCCUUCACUUGCUGCGUCCCCGAACUGAUAAAAAUCAGAAUAUUCGAUUUGCAGCCCACGAGAAGUAUCCUAUAACUUCCUGUCGUCAGAUCCUGGAAUGUUUUCGCGAAUUAAAAGACCAAAAAUCUUUAAAGGAUAUCGAGAAUUUCCUCACUCCAUUAUUCCAAUCAUCUAAGGGACCUUGGACUUCCAAUACAAAAACAUGUGACGACCCUUCCAUAAACAAAAGGUUAUCUUUGGAAUUACCUUAUGGCAGCGUCAUCAUAGAACACUGCAUGCGUAUAGCCGAAAACAAAGUCAAACAGAUAAAGCAUCAUAAAGAAGAUUUCCAGCUACAAUCCGAAAAAGAAGACUUGAUGGAGUUGUAUGUCAAACACUUCGCUGUGGCUUUGAGAGAUAUUUUACUAGAACCAUUCUUAUGUAACCGUCAAACGACUCCACAUGGUUAUAUAUUUGGGAAAUCCUAUCAAUCUUCGGACGAAGGUUUGCGAACUUAUGAAGAAUUUCACCCAUUCAUAUUCGAACAAUAUCGAGAUAAACCUCACUUAGUAUUUGAUAGUUUCAAUAAGGCAGUGGACGCAUACUUUUCAAAAAUUGAAAGUCAGAAAACAUUAGAACAAAUUUCACGAAAUGAACAAAAGGCUAGUAGAAAAGUUGAAAAUAUUAAAAAAGAUCAGGAACGGCGUUUAAUGUUACUAAAAACUGAACAAGAGUUAGAUAUGCAAAAGGCUUACCUGCUUGAAGCUAAUCGUCGGCUUGUUGACAAUAUUAUUAUCAUGAUCAAUCAUGCAUUAUCAAAUCAAAUAGACUGGAAAGAAUUAGCAUUAAUCGUUGAAGACGCAAAACAACGUGAUGAUCCACUUGCCUGUCAUAUUGUCGAGUUAAAAUUACAAACAAGUCAGGCUGUCAUACGUUUAAAAGAUCCUUUUGAAAGUUCAAGCGAUGUUAACGAAACCUUAAUGAAAUCAGGCAAGAAACAUGAAUAUACAGAAGUAGUUGUAGAUAUAGACGUCAAUGCUCUAACCAAUGCACAAAAAUAUUAUGAUAAGAAACGAGCUGCUAGUAAAAAAGAAGAAAAAACUAUCAGCGUUUCGCGCAAAGUUUUGAAAUCAGCCGUACACAAUGCUGAAAUGAAAAUGAAAACCGCUAAAACUGUUGCACAAAUUACAGAAGUUCGUAAACCAAUGUGGUUUGAAAAAUUCUUCUGGUUUAUCAGUUCAGAAAAUUACUUGGUUGUUGCUGGUCAUGAUUCACAACAAAAUGAAGUAUUGGUAAAACGUUACUUAAAACCGGGCGAUAUAUUUGUUCAUGCAGAUAUACAUGGUGCUAGCACUGUUAUAAUAAAGGCCCGACAUUUAACUUCUGAAGAGGUAGAUUCUUCAAAACAUCAGGACUUAUUGCAUCAACACAGUUUACCAUUACCCCCUCCAAAAACCUUGUUAGAAGCUGGAAAUAUGGCGGUAGUACUAAGUUCUGCAUGGCAAAGUCAUGUUCUAACAAGAGCUUGGUGGGUCCAUCAUGAUCAAGUUUCAAAAACAGCUCCAAGUGGUGAAUACCUUACAUCUGGUGCAUUUAUGAUACGUGGGAAGAAAAACUAUUUACCUCCAUGUCCCUUCGACUAUGGAUUUGGAAUUAUGUUUAAGUUACAUGAGGACUCUAUAGCUAAACAUGAAGGAGAGCGUCGCAUCAUCAUCAUAGACACCCCAUCUUACGAAAUGCCCCUUAAUCAGUUCGAAUCAUUAACUAUCCAGAAUGAUGAAGAAACUACAGCAUUUCCUGAUGCUUUUCUUCAACUUGAUUUAGCAAAUGAUCUCCCAAGACAUAAAGAUCCUGAUGUAUCGGAGAUUUUAUCAGAAAAUCCUUUUAAAAAAGUUAGAACAAGAGGUCAAAAGGUUGAAAAAUCGAAACCAACCAAGAAAACAACAAAUUUAAAUAAAGAAACCAUUGAAGUAAACAAGAGACUCAAUGAGUCAUUACUACCAUCAACUGGUCAACCGGUUUUAAAACGUGGUCAGAAAGCUAAGCUAAAAAAAAUUAAACAAAAAUAUAACGAACAAGAUGACGAGGAAAGAAAUCUUCGUAUGAAAAUACUUCAGGGAGAUGACGCCAAACCAAGUCAGUAUCACCAAAUUCUUGAACGUGAUCACUUGUCAAAUUUAAUUAAAAUCCCACAAUCUGUACGGGAUACUCAAGUUGUUCACAAUUCAGAUAGUAUACAAAAUAAUCAACCUGACUGUGAUAACAAUGAAUCAUUCAGUAAUUCAAGCAGUGAAAUUGACAAUCAUCCUGUCAAAUCAGAUGAAAGUGAAGAGGAUUUAAAAUCUUCAGAAGUUAAUGAUGUAAAAACUAAUGAUAAUGAUGAUGACGAAGAUAUGCCAGUUGAAUCGAAAGAUGAUUUAACUUCAUUGUUAAAUUCAUUGACUGGUCAGCCCAAUGAUGAUGAUUUACUAUUGUAUGCUAUUCCAGUCUGUGCUCCUUAUUCAGUUCUAUUAAAGUAUAAGUUCAGAGUAAAACUGAACCCAGGAACUACAAAGCGAGGAAAAGUGUGCUUCUCAGUUGAUACAACGUAAUACUUCAUGUAAUGUCAGCAAUUUCAUAAUGGCAUCUGCAAAAGCUCGUUUACUAAGCAUCGUUUUCGCGUAAAGAAAAAAAUUAGAAUAGCCUCUGUUGGUAGCUUAUUAACAGUAUGCUUGUAUGAUGACUUAUAAUUUAUCGAACUGGUUGAGGAAUCUUUUAACUAACUGCGCUCCAAAUUGCUACUAUUUGGAGGUGCUCCGUAACAUCAGAUGUUCUAGACACUACUGAUUCAACUUCUGUCAGGAAUUGUAAAAUCAGAAGCCAACUACAAAGGUUUAUAGGACAAUGUAUUUCAUAUAAUUAGCAAAACUCGAGACAACAAUUACAUCACGCACGACGUAGUCAGCGGGAUCAACGUGUCUAAUCGCUCUGUUCACGGACAAGCAAAAUGAAAAUGUACAUUCGCCAGGGGUUCACUUAAUUGUCUAAUGGUACGUGAAAUUAAGCUGCUACAAAGCAAAAUGAUUUGAUAAAUUUCAAUUAGUUGAGUGGCUGACUGACAUUUAUUAUGGUUUCGUGUUUAUGACUAGUAUAGAAUUUUUUUAUUUCUUCUAUUUGCCUAAAAUUAGCAUCGAAAAUGGCGUUGUUUCAGUUUACAUCGGACAAAUCCACAAACAACAGAGAACGAGAAUUAAUACGUGCAAUGAAAGAUGAAGAAGUAUCGCGUAAUUUCCCAGGAUGUGUUAAGUUAACGUUACCUCAAGUUAAGCCCUCACGAAAAAAAUAAAACCUAUUUUCUUUCCACUUUAUGUUUUUUAAAGUCCAAUUGUGAUUUUUUGCUUAAACCCUAAUUGCUCCCUGAUAUUCUUAGCCAUACUAAACAGGAUCUUGCUUGUGACUACUAUUACUUUCCUCCUUGACUUCCAAGUGUUAUUCAAAAGUCUUACCAGAAAGCUUUCCUAUUUUCUGUAAAUGUAUGAACAUUUCCACUUGUAGUUACGUCUCUUCUAAUCAAGAAUAAAAAAUUGUUAAUCUGUUUGACGUUGGUUGUAACUGUAAUUUUGUCACAAACUAACUGACAAACAAUCACGAAUAUAGAGAUUAGAAUCAUACAUAACGAAGUCUUUUUAAGUCCUUGAACCUCGCAAACUAGUAUCCUUACAAUUUCACAUGGACGUAAUUCAUGUUCAUAGGCUAUAAACAAAAGUUUCAAACUUGAUUUCUUGUUUUUACCAAGGCAUCAGCAAACUCAUUUCCCAAUGAAUAUUUAAACAUCCAUCUAGACACUAUUAUAAGGACUAUUAUUGCCAAGCUAUUAUAGUCGUCGUUGCUUUGUUAAACUGUAUUUAGUGUGUUAACCAAGUAGUAGUAACUGAUGUCAUAAAGUAUACUAAACUAUUUCACCAGAUGAUUUUGACCGGCUUUUAGGAGCAAAGCAAAUCAUUUUCGUUUAAAGUAGUGCAUACACGUUGUUUUAGCUUCUUAAUCAUAGUAGUCAUAGAAAUCGUUUCAUGAAAUACAACAUAGUUUAGUUUUAUACAUACUUUCUACGUAAGUUUGGCACUUUUACCAGUAUAAUCAACCGAUUCCGAAGAAGUAGGCGUGAUGUGUAUGUAGUCAUUUAUUAACAGUAAGUGUUUUUGUAAGUUCGCUUUGUUGAUUACGCAACGUAUCACAUGUAAGAAUUAAGAGGAUACCUCUUAGAACAAUUUGUCACAAAUCAAUUACCGAUUUGAUUUUAAUGUUUGUUGACUUCAAUUUGAUCUUCGAGUGCAUAUUUUAAAAUUGAGUAUAAUAAAUCGGUUCCUAGAAAGUAAAAUGGCGUUAACUCGGUUCAACACGUUUUCAUUUUACCUGAUGGUUUCAAGUCGACAAUUUCCGAUUCACAAUCUGUCAAAAAGUUUUUAACAAUCGAAGAGAAUUUAAAUGAAAGUUUGAAUAACAAGACAUUUUAAUAUGUUGUAUACUAAAAGGGCUAUUUUGGAUCACGAGUUUAUUGUCUUAGUGUCAGCCUAUUAAAACGCAUUGGUCACCACAUCUUCAAUCUGAAAACAUUUUUACAAUUUCUGACCAAAAUAAAUCCAUAAACCUGAUGUCACAUGGGAUAAGUCUACAAUCGUGAAAUUCAUUUUCAAAUAGUUUGGGAGCUUAGAGUCGUUUCAAAUGCAGUGGCUAAGGUUCGAUUUGUAAGCUGUAUAAAGCUUAAGCACAGUGACGAUAUAAACUAAUAAAGUUUAUAACCUUAGUAAAGAGUCUAUUUUCCUAAUAGUGUUUUGUUUCAGUGAUGAAUGUCAGGAUGUUUACUGUGAUUGGGCUCUUCCAUUUCUGUUUACAAAAGCUUUAAUAUCUUACACCAAAUGACCCUCAGUGAUACAAAUUAAGUGAUGAAUGAAAUAUGAGUUGAUGGCUAGUUAAGAUUCUGUCGUUUAAUGUUCACUGAGAACCUUGCAAACAGAAUUUGAAUAGACAAUUAUGGAUUUCAAAAACAUUCGUAUGGAUUUGAUAUUUCAUCAAUAAAACUUUAGUCUGUAUUCGAGGAUUUUUAUACAUGGGACACAACUAACAGAUCUUCGGGUAAACAACUAAGGCUUGAUUAUAAGAAGUAUUUGUAAAUAGCAUAUUAAAACUUCAACUGUCGGUUAUUAAUCCCUGACUCACCUUUUGUAUCGUAAAUGAGCUGA